AUGAAAGGCAUAACAUCUUGUUACAACGAACAUGCCAUUAAAGUGUCCGAUUCAUAUUGUUCAAGGCCUUCAAACCAGGUCUAUCUCUGUCCAAAACUCACCCCUUCCAUCAGAGAUUCAGUUACCUGCAUAUACAAAGUCAACUUGAUCUCAAAGCAAAAACAACUUCUCAUCGCGAUAACUUGGACCAAGAGACUCAAAGGCCAAGGCUUCGCCAUAAACAUCACCAAUAACACCCCUUCUGGAUAUUCUCCCUCUAAAUUCAAUGCCAAUCUCUCCCAGCAAUUGCGAAAGAACAAAGGCACCGAAACAUUCAAUUCCCACAACUUAGAAUUUCAAGUCUUGUGGGAUCUCUCUGCUGCUAAGUACGACGAUGGACCAGAGCCAGUUGGUGGGUUUUACGUCGUCGUUUUGGUGGACUCGGAGCUGGGCUUACACCUUGGAGACAAGGAUGAAGAAUCAUUGGACUUGAACGUGAAUGCAGGAAUGGCGGUGGCAAAUUUCUCAAUGGUUUCUAGGAGCGAGAGAUUUUCUGGCAAUAAUGUUUAUGCAACAAAGGCAAAAUUUUCAGAGACAGGAAUUGUUCAUGAUAUAUUGAUAAAGUGUGGUUUGGAAGAGGAGGAAAAGUCCAAGAGCCAUGUCUUGUCUGUGUGUAUGGACAAGAAUACAAUUUUCGAGGUGAAGAGGUUAAGGUGGAAUUUUCGUGGGAACCAAACAAUUUUUGUUGAUGGUUUGGUGGUGGAUAUGAUGUGGGAUGUUCAUGAUUGGCUUUUCAACCCAACCUCAGCCUCUGCGGUGUUCUUGUUCAGGACAAGGAGUGGCCUUGACAGUAGGUUGUGGUUGGAGGAGAAAAGUUUGCAGACACAUAAGGAUCAUGACAGAAUUGGGUUUUCUUUGUUGAUAUGUGCUUGUAAGAACCCUGAUUGA